UGCGGAACGAUUUUUGACUGCGAUCCGGCGCUUGAGAUUGCGAAUCGGGAUGAGCGUCUCUUCAUGACCGUCGGGUGCCACCCGACGCGUUGCGGAGAGUUCGAGGCCGAUCCGGACGGAUAUUUCAUCUCGCUGUGCAAUAAAAUCGACGAGAACAAGGAGAAGGUCGUGGCGAUUGGCGAGUGUGGCUUGGAUUACGACCGGACUAAUUUCUGCGAAAAGGACGUCCAGAAGAAGUAUUUUGAGCAGCAGUUGAACCUGGCGAAGAAGUACGAUCUGCCGCUGUUCCUGCACUGUCGGAGUGCGCACGAGGACUUUUUGGAGAUCUUGAGUAGAAAUUUGGACAAAAUUCCGAAACGUGGCGUGGUGCACACGUUCGACGGGACGGCCGAGGACGCGCGGAAGUUGAUCGAGCUGGGAUUCUAUGUGGGCAUCAACGGCUGCUCGCUCAAGACGGAGGAGAAUCUGCAGGUCGUGGCCGGAAUCCCGGACGAUCGGAUUAUGGUCGAGACGGACAGUCCGUGGUGUGAGAUCCGGCCGUCGCACGCCGGCUCGAAGCACGUCCAAACGAAGCUGCCCGCGGUCAAGAAGAAGGAAAAGUGGGACAAGGACAUGCUGAUCGCUGGCCGGUGCGAACCCGUCAUGAUUCGCCAAGUUUUGGAGGUUCUUGCCUGCGUCAAAAAUAAACCGAUUGAGGAUUUAGCUCAACAAUAUUACGAAAAUACGUUGAAAAUGUUCUUCCCGAAGGAAAUAAAUCAGUAAAUGUAAAGGUUUCUAACCACUUGAUGAUCACGGCAAAAACAGACAUGAGUCAAGGGCCAACAAAUUGAGUCAGAAAAGUUGAAACAGCUUCUGUAAAGUGACUUAGAACGCAUUUAAAUUUAUUUCAAGCAAGUGCGCGAUUUAAUCUUUGUUUGAAACAUGUCGUUAAUGA